CGCUUGAUGACGUCGCUACCCGGAAGUUGGAAAAGCGCGGGAAGCUGACACGCGGCUUAGGCGCGGGCCCGGUCAAUUGCUUACGGCUGCCGUGGUGGUGGUGGUGUCGGUGGUGGUGGUGUCACGCUAACUCUACCGGGGGGAGUAUUAUCGCCACUAAACACGGGCUUCUCUUGGUCGCGCCAGUAGCUCCCAGGCGGGAACUCGGCUCCGGCGAGCACUCCGCCAUCCUCACGGUUGAACGCCCGGACGAGCUGCCAUGAGCAGGAAAAAGAAGAAAAAUACGGAGUUGCCACAGGAUCAAUGCGUGUCAGAGGUGCACAAGUGUCUGCGAGAAAGACUGUGCCAUGGGGCGCUCACCGGCAUCCCGUUGUACAUGGAGCCCCAACGCAAGCUCCUGCUGGAGAUGCUCAAACGAACGACCACACAAGGGGAAGGCAAUUCCGUGCUGGUGGUCGGCUCCCGUGGCUCGGGAAAAUCCAUGCUUCUGAAAGGCGUGCUGAAGGAGCUGCUGGAAAACAACUCCAUCCGAGAGAACCUCAUGCAGGUUCAUCUGAACGGCCUCCUGCAGAAGGACGACCGCAUUUCACUCAAGGAAAUCACGCGGCAGCUUCAGCUGGAGAACACAGUCGGGGACAAAGUGUUUGGGAGUUUUGCGGAGAAUCUCACCUUUCUGCUGACAGCAUUAAAAAGCGGCGAGCGGAGCAGAACUCGCCCUGUGCUGUUUGUGCUGGAGGAGUUUGAUCUGUUCGUCCAUCACAAGAACCAGGCACUCCUCUACAACCUGUUCGACGUGGCAAAGUCUGCCCAGACGCCGAUUGCUGUAGUGGGACUCACAUGCCGCUUGGACGUGCUGGAGCUGCUGGAGAAGCGUGUGAAGUCGCGCUUCUCCCAUCGGCAGAUCCACAUCUUCCCCUGCCCCGAGUUUGACGACUACGUCGCCGCGUUCUGCCAGACGCUCACGCUGCCGCUGUCCUUUCCGGACGUCGCUUUCGCCAAAAGUUGGAACGACAGUGUCCAGAUGCUGAGCGAGGACCAGGCGGUCAGGGAGGUGUUGGAAAAUCAGUACUUCAUGAGCAAAGACGUGCGUUCUCUCCACGCGCUACUGAUGCUGGCUCUGAGCCAAGUGACUCUGAGAGCCCCAAGGAUAUCCGCCGCUGCACUGCAGGAGGCCGGCCGGCUGCUGACAGCCGACUCUGUAACCAACCUCCUGCAAGGGGUGUCCGUGCUGGAGUUGUGUCUCAUCAUCGCCAUGAAGCACCUCAAUGACAUAUACGAUGGAGAGCCCUUCAAUUUCCAAAUGGUCUUCAACGAAUACCAGAAGUUUGUCCAGAGAAAAGCCCACUCGGUGUACAACUACAACAAGGCAGUGGUAAUGAAGGCCUUCGAGCGCCUGCAGGAGAUGGAGUUUGUGCAUUCGGCCGAGGGUCCGGUGGGGGGACGCGGGGCCGGCAGCGGCCAUGUGCAGCGCGAGUACCAGCUCAUGCGGCUGCUGGUCCACGACUCGCAGCUGACGGACGCCCUGCAGCACUACCCACAAUGCCCCACUGACGUGCGGCAGUGGGCCACCUCUUCACUCGGGUAGCUCGGAGGGGGUUUGCGGGGGGCGGGGGCGUCUCCCUCGUCUCGGCGUUCUUGUCGUCUCGUCUCCUGGUGGCUCCGCGGUUCACCGCGACUCUGCCUCCAGAGCGACAAUGACUGCCGGCUUGCGGGCGCUGGAGCUGGCUUCAAGCUCGCCCCGUGGCGAUGGCGAGAAUAUGGACUCUCUUGCGGAGGUGCUCGCUCGCAUCGCGGAGUGGCCCCGUCGCACGCUCAGCCAGGCGAGGAGAAGUUCGCACGGAGCGGUUGAGAUGGAAAAACCCCUCGCCGCCGUCUGCAUUGACGAACCUGUCACCUGAAGGACCCCGGGGGUGGUGUGGAUGGGGGUGGAGUUUUCCCGCCCUUUUAAACGGCCACCUGAGAAACUCCGAUGGGGG